AUGAAGUUCCAUAAACAAAUAAAAUCUAUUCUUUCUACCCAAGAGAAUUUUGAUAAUAUACAACUAUUUAGUAGUCAGGAGGCUGUCAAUCAAAUGAACAUGGUCAUUCCGUUGUUUCCAGACCAAUCUGAUGAACUUCGGUCUGGAAAUGGAGAUAGUGAGCAGAAUUGGAGAAAUCAAGGUGAUGUUCAUAUCGAUCAUUCAGUACCGUGCAGUUUAAAUGAAGAUUGGAUUGAUUGUAAAUCGGAUGGUGAAUCUCAGCAGUCUGUCUCGUCAUUUGGUAAUACAUGCACUACUGGAUCUGAGCCAAAGCAUUUCGAAUCCGCAACGAGUUCAAUGCAGACGUCGUCCCAGUUUAUGAAUGAGAAACACAGUUUCAUUGAUGAGCAACCAUUUCCUAGCUUUACAGAGCCUGCAGAUAUUGAAAGUCGUAUGGAAAAGGCUUUUGAUUCUCUAAUUUCAGAAAAUGUUCUAACUAUCACUGAUGAAAAGAGAGGUAAAAACACAUCGACACAAUGUGUUUCAACAAAGGAAAGCGUUAUUGAUAAGAAUCAGCACAUACCAUUUUGUGUUUCAAGAACUAUGGGUAAAAAUAAGAAUGGUUUGAUGGGUGCUAAUAUGCAUGUUCUCGAUGUAAGAAAUGACAAAUACUGUAAAAAAAAUACAAAAACUCAGACGCCAAAAGGUAGUAAGAGAGCACUCCAUAGUAUUGUUGAAAAGAAAUACAGAACAAACAUUAAUGAGAGGUUAGCUGAACUUAAAAAUACUGUUCCAACAAUCCGUUAUACCUAUAAAAAGCUAUGCAAUAUACCUUUGACAGAAGCAGAUCAUCGGCAAUUAAAUGGUAUGGAACCAGCUAGAAAACUUAAUAAAGCAUCAAUCUUGCACAAAGCUACAGAGUAUAUCAAAUUUCUUGAAAAUGAAAACUCUGAUCUGAAAGCUGAAAAUGCAAGAUUGCAAAACAUCAUAAACUUGUCCUUUAACCUACAACAAAGAAUUACGCCACUGAAUAUGUAA